AUGUCCACUCUCGAAGAUCUCGACGAUCUCGAACGCGAGAACAGAGACAAGAAGCAAGAUAGCGGCGACGACGAUGGCAAGAAGCCUAACAAUGACGGAGAUGCCGAAAUGCAGGAUGCCGAGAAAAAAGACGACGAGGAGGAUUUGCUCGACGACGAGAUUCUGCACUCAAGUACAGCGGACAUUGUCAAGAGGCGGCGAAUGCUGGAGAACGAGAUGCGCAUCAUGAAGAGCGAGUUCCAGCGGUUAACACACGAGCAAAGCACGAUGCGAGAGAAGGUCAAGGAUAACCAAGAAAAGAUCGAGAAUAACAGACAACUACCAUACCUCGUUGGAAAUGUGGUUGAGCUGCUGGACCUUGAUGUUGAAGCCGAGGCUGCCGAGGAAGGGGCUAACAUCGACCUGGAUGCCACCCGUGUCGGCAAGUCCGCCGUCAUCAAGACAUCAACCCGGCAGACAAUUUUCCUCCCUCUCAUCGGUCUUGUCGACCAUGAAAAGCUGAAGCCUGCCGAUCUGAUUGGUGUGAAUAAAGAUUCAUAUCUCGUCCUUGACACCCUACCAGCAGAAUACGACAACCGAGUUAAGGCGAUGGAAGUCGACGAGAAGCCCACAGAGAAGUACACGGAUAUCGGUGGAUUAGACAAGCAGAUUGAAGAGAUUGUGGAGGCUAUUGUUUGGCCAAUGAAGGAGGCUGAACGGUUCAAGAAGAUUGGCAUUAAGGCGCCAAAGGGUGCCCUCAUGUACGGCCCUCCCGGAACUGGUAAGACCCUACUUGCACGGGCCUGUGCCGCCGAGACGAAUGCAACUUUCCUCAAGCUUGCCGGUCCUCAACUGGUGCAGAUGUUCAUUGGUGACGGUGCCAAACUUGUCCGCGACUGUUUUGCUCUUGCCAAGGAGAAGGCGCCGUCAAUCAUUUUCAUUGACGAGCUGGAUGCUGUGGGUACGAAACGUUUUGACUCAGAAAAGUCCGGUGAUCGUGAAGUGCAACGAACCAUGCUGGAGCUUCUGAACCAGUUGGAUGGUUUUGCUUCCGAUGAUCGAAUCAAGGUUUUGGCCGCGACCAACCGUGUGGAUGUCCUGGAUCCUGCUCUCCUCCGGUCUGGUCGUCUGGACCGCAAGAUUGAGUUCCCACUUCCCAACGAGGAGGCUCGUGCCAACAUUCUCCAGAUUCAUUCACGCAAGAUGUCGGUUGAAGACACGGUGAACUGGGCAGAGUUGGCUCGCAGCACGGACGAAUUUGGUGGUGCCCAGCUGAAGGCCGUGUGCGUUGAGGCCGGUAUGAUCGCCCUGCGCAAAGGAAUGAGCAAGGUCGGGCAUGAAAACUACGUCGACGCCAUUGCCGAGGUUCAGGCAAAGAAGAAGGACACCAAUAUGGGAAUCUAUGUCUAG